AUGGGCCGCUAUUGGCGGAAGCAAAGGGAGGAAAUACAGUACAUCUUCAAACAUGAAGCCCCCCCUGUUAACAUCCAGAUUUUAGAGCGAGCUCUGGAAAGCGAUGAGGACGGUCAGAGUCAAGAGAACUAUCCGUCAACUGAUGGUUAUAAUACUUCCCAUCAACUUGAUGGAAAAGCCACACAGAAGAAAUCACCGUGGACGCAGACAGAGAUACGAGCGGUUGAAAGGCAUCUGAUGAAAUUCAUUUCAUCAUGCAUGGUCCCAGGAAAAUGGGAAUGCGAAAGCUUAAUGGUGUGUGUGUGUUGGCACAGUGUUGGAGGCGAGCUCAGUCUUAAGGGUUUUUUUGGGCUUAUUCUCAUAUCCUCCGAGGCUUAA